AUCAGUUAGGUGAGAAGGCACACAGCAAGCAGCAUGGCGACCUUUGGUUAUUUAUCUAAAGAAGUUCUGACCGGUUUUGACAAUUACAAGUACAGUGCAGUGGAUACAAGUCCUGUGGCCAACUAUAUCUGUCACCCUCUCUGGAACUGGAUAGUACAGUUCUACCCACUAUGGAUCGCCCCGAAUGUGCUGACGUUUUCUGGAUUCCUCCUCCUCCUCAUCAGCUUCUUCGUCAUGACGUACUUCGACGUCGACUUCUACGCCUCCAGUCGAGAUUACCCCAACUAUGACCCUAUACCCAACUGGGUGUGGCUCAUGGGCGCUGUCAACAACUUCCUGUCGCAUAAUCUGGAUGGUACAGACGGCAAGCAGGCCCGGCGUACAGGCACCAGCUCACCACUCGGGGAGCUGUUCGACCACGGAUUGGAUAGCAUGGGCACGCUCUUCAUUCCGGUGGCGCUCUACUCCAUAUUUGGGCGCAGUGAGAUGAGCGUUGACGUGUUCCGUGCAUACUACAUUUUACUGGGUAUCAUGACUUGUUUCAUAAUAUCCCACUUUGAGAAGUAUAACACCGGUAUCCUCUUCCUGCCAUGGGGAUACGACAUCAGCCAGAUAGCCAUGACGUUUGUGUACCUGUUAACAUUUUUUGGAACGUAUGAGAUAUGGAAAUUCACAGUGCCAGGACUUGGAUGGACGGCAGCCGAGUGUGUCGUGAUGCUGUGCUACAUGGGCUUCUUCUUUCUGACGUUCCCCCCGACUGUCUACAACCUCUAUAUAUCUUACCGUGACAGAACCGGAAAGAUGAGGUCCUUCUCUGAAGCAGUGCGGCCACUUGUAUCAACAGGGCUGCUGUUUAGCAUGUUGUUAUUCUGGGCCAACAUGUCCACCUACAGGGUAAUGGAGAACCAUCCUAGACUGUUCUACUGGACCACAGGAGCAGCGUUCUCCAACAUAGCGUGCAAUCUGAUUAUUGCCCAGAUGAGCAACACCCGUUGUGAGCUAGUCAACACACUGCUGCUGCCACUAUUUUCCAUUGUCUUCCUCUGUGGGCUGUUUAGUCUCGGGACCAUCGAGUUCUACCUCCUCUGGUCCUACUGCAUAUAUGUGACGGUGUCUCAUGUUAUUUUUGGUGUCAGCGUGGUAUCUGAAAUGUGUGAGCAUUUCAAUAUCAAGGCAUUUUCCAUACCAGUGAAAAAAUCCUGAUCACCGUCUCGAUUUUAAAUGCUGCUCUUAUUUAUUCUUUGUGAUAUUGGAUGUCGGAAGCCAUGUUGUUUGUUGAGAUAAAAUGGUUGUUCCAUAGCUCAGUCCUUGUUGGACAUUAUCGGGAAAGAUAGUGUGACAGAAGUUUUCAUCAAGAAUCUGCUUGUCAUUUCUAAGAACAUUGUCAAUACUUCACUGGUUUGUUCAAUACAUACGACCGAUACACAGUGUAGUUGCUAUUUUUUACCAAUAAUUAAGCAAAGGCUUGGUUAACGAUAGGUGUUCUCAGCACAAUGAGGGCGCAGAUAAUAUCACAGUCAGUAAUGGAGUGUGGAGUGUCUAGUAACAAUCUAGUAACAGUCUAGCAAGUUCAGCUAUGAAUAGUCCGUUUGAUAACCUUGAAAUGUAAUAAAAUUGAUGUGAAGUGCAAUGUUUGGGCGAGCAGACUCAAAAGUCUUGGCACUGGCUGACAUAGCCUUUUUUAUGUCUGCUCUAUGCAUUGCCUCCAUGUUCAUCUUCUCGAGGGUGUUAAGUGACUAUAAAAGUUCAGUUUCAAAUCUUGCCGAACUAGGCUGGAAUUUCAAGGCUCGAUCAUAGCUCCACCAGUUACUAUUUUGAGUUAUGCCCCUUUUAUGUCUCUCUUGUUGACCAAUCAGAUUAAAUCUCUCAUAUCACUUGCAGUUGCUUCAAAUAAAAUGGCAGCGCCCAGUCAAUACAAUCCUAUUGUAAUAAAGGGGCUUUAUAAAUAAUUUGAGCACCUUGAUUGAAAACUUAAAAAGAUUUGUAAAAUAACUGUGGAUGCCCAGUUGGCGGUACACAUGCUUUGCGAAUCCUUCAGUCGACUGAAAUCUGCAUUUUGAAAUCCAUGUUGUUUACGAAUAAGAUAUCUUGUUUGUUACGCGAUUUUGAUUGGACUAUGAAUAGACUCAUCCAGCCAAAAUGUUACUCUGGAAUUCGAGCCAAGUUUGGCUAGGGUAGAAACUGGACUUUUAUGGUCAGUUAACUCCCUUGCCUUGGGAAGAUGCUCCAUGGCAGGCAGUGGUAAGAUUCCUACAUACAUGCAAUAGCUACUAAAACGUCUACACCACAUAGUGACCAUGCAUAUCCAUCAUGAUGGAGGAACGUAGUGCAUACAAGACUGUGAAAUAUUGAUAAUGUUCUUCAUGUUCUAAGAAAAACAAUCCAUUCCACCACGUUCACGGACACGCAAAUCCCUGUCACAUAAGAUUGUCAAAUAAUUCAGGAUUUUUAAUGUGUUUAUCGCUGUGUACUUCACUUCAGUAUUUUCUGACAAGUUUCCUGUUUUCCUUCAUUAUUUCACUUCUAUGAAGAUGCCUGACAUUAGUUUGUGGAGAGAUGAUGCAUCGAUAUUUGGAUUAUUAGUUGUGAAGAAAGUACAAUGUGUGAGUGGAUGCCUGUAACAAGUUUAUCAUUCAUCGUAUUGAGCCACAUGGCAAAUUCAAGUCAUUACAGAAAUUAAGCUGCCAUUUUCUUUUUAAAUAUGCUUGUUGCAUGUAUGCAGUAUUACCUUGCAAUCUUCGUUAAACUUAAAACCCUGAUGAUAAGGAGUAGAAUAACACGGAGAGAUAACUCAGAACAAAGCCUGGGUCUCAACUAUACUACACAUAAGAAGUUAGAGAACACCCAAAAUCAUAUGACCAUAGUUAAUCUGUUACGACUGGUGUUUUCGCAACACAGCGUUCCAAUUGUGGGUGUUCGUUACUUGUUUUGAUGGGCAUAUAAUCAGCAAACUACGUGUUAGCUGAAAGCACUCACAGAGCAGUGACAGCAGUACACAUGGUAUGCAAAGUCAUUCAAUGUGCACUUCAGUGACUUUUUCCCAAGUACGCAAAAAAAACCGGAUUGUGUAUUUUGAUUUAAAAGUCAACAUUUUCAAGAGGCCACCCUGACCAGUAUCCAGAGUAGGCAUCUGUGUAGAAUACACUGAUUACUGGAGACUUUCAAUGUAAUGGGCUAUGGAUUUGGUUUUCUCUUUAUAGAGUUUCAAUGUCUGAUGUCUUAGUUGUAGGAGGUUUUGAAAAAGGUUGCUUCUAACAUAGUACUGUCGUAAAGUCCUAGUUAGUCUUAGGAUAUUGAUUAUUUUGUGGGUGAAUGUGUUCAAGCACAAUGGUCCUGGCACACUGGUCCCGGCACAGUCCUCUUAGAGACUGAACUUUAUUCCCAUAAUGACAGCAAUUGUUGGUAAUACAUCUCAAAUAUGAGAUAUUUCCCAGUUUGGGUUUCGAUGAUUUAAUCUAAACAUAUAUUUUAGCUUUGCAAAGGCGGUUUGUAUCUGUGAUACCAGCAAAGAGAAGAUUCAGUACUUAGUUUUUAUAUCUAGUACAUUGAAUAUUUCUGAAUGUAAGAAAAGAAGAUAUAACAUUCCCAGUUUUGUUUAAAACAAUGUUGUUGUUUUUCAAUUUGCCUGCCGCAGGUGGUUCAUUUUAAAAUCCCAGAUGAAAGUCAGUAUGUGUCAGAACAAGGGGAAGUAACUUCUGGAACAGUGAGAACACUGUGGGCUGUGUUUGAAUGUUGUUUAUGUGUUACGGUGUGUAUAUGAUCAUGUAUUAAAGCUUAUAUUAAGCUGUGAUGCAGACCUGGGCUCUGUUCCACAAAGCGAUUGUAAUUCUACAACUGUCAUAAGUCCAUGUUAAAAGUAUGGGAGUUACGAUGGUCUUAGAGCUACGAUCGCUUUGUGGAAUAGGGCCCUGUUGCUGACAGACAUGAGCAUUGAGAAAUGACUAGUCAGGGUCGAUUACACGUGGUCACGAGAAACUGGACAUCCCCAGUUGUAAGACUUUUAUCUUGUCAUUGACCGUGAUAUUACAAUGUCAUUAAAAUCAGAUCUUUUACUUCAGUAGGAUACUUUUAUCUUGUCAUUGACCGUGAUAUUACAAUGUCAUUAAAAUCAGAUCUUUUACUUCAGUAGGAUACCUCUGUGUGAGAAGAUCUGAGGACACCUUCAUAGAAGGGCACCAGUCUAAAUGAAGGUCGGGUGGGUUCUUGACUCAGUCAGAUGUCAGCUUUGUAAGAUAAUUCAGCUAUAUUUCUUUACACCUCGAUUUGGAAAUUACGUUCAUGGCAGUCACGUCAGAUGAACCCUGUGUGAAGUUGGACCGCCUAAUAAAAUGAAUGAUGUUCUUGAGCCAAUCAACUUUCUAAAAGAUUUGGCUUCAUUUUUUUAACACCUCAAUUUGAAAUUUCGGAAUUUAACAUACAUAAGACACAGACCAUCAAAUAUUCCUUUGAUGGAACUCCAGUUUGGGUCGACAUGGCGCUCAGAAAUGAAAGGGUGUAUUUAACAUCCACAACAGGACAGCUGUUAUUAUUUACAUUUGGGACUGGCCAUUUUAGUUUGUUUUUUUAAUGCAGAAAUUAGAUACGUUGGUGUGAAUGUUUCACUCACUCAUACUGAGAAUUUAGCCUGAAUGCUAAUUGGCUGAUAAGAAAAUUCACCUGAUGCUACCUGCUGUGGAGGUGGCAUCUGACUUUCACACACAGGCAUUUUUUCGGAGUAAAAGAUCUGAUAUAAAAGAGAAUGACUAUAUUUUGCCAUUGUAGCAAUGGCCAGGGUAAUCAUCGUACUGCCCAGUACAAGGAUACUCCUACUGACCAGGUCAGUGUCAUCUGUAGGAUGCUUAUCAUUCCUCAUCAAUAGUUGGUCUGGAAGUAUAUGAGAUAUUUUUUGUAUGAUUAAUCAUUUGUUCGCUACGGCACAGCUAUGAGGGAAUGUCUUACUAUGUUUAGAAUAAAAAAUAGUCUCUGAACACAUAAUUUUGAUAGAAACAAGCAACUUCAUUUUUAUUUAAAAGUAGCCCCAGUGAGAUGGAGAUUCAGAACCUGUGGAAAAUGUAGACUUGCUUAGUUUAAGGAUAUAGCUUUCUGUGAUCCAACUUUUAAUAGAAGGCUUUGUUUAGUGAUAUCCAGUUUAUAAUGUAUUCAACAUAUAAAUAUUGCUUUGUAGUUAAUGCCACAAGUUUGCAUGUGGCAUUAAACAAUAUUGUUUUACUGUAAAGUUUACACGAUAUACAGCUUUUCUUUGGACAAGAGGUCAGUCACAUGAAGCUCUGACGUUCAUACAGUUUGACCCUCACUCGAUGAAGUUUCAUACUCCAUUGAACUCACACAAAGUGAAAGUCAAUUCUUAAGUAAUCUGUCAGCCCCCAGCAUAUUAUGUCGAAAUUUGUGUGAAUAGUUACAUGUAGUCAAGCAGAAAAGAUAAAAUAUGGUAGACUUGAUAUCUGAUGUACCAUAGUAAGAUACUAUGUUUGCUGUUCUAUAAUCAAUUUGUAUUGAAAAUGUUGGAGGCAGUGGAAUAUUUACAAAUUUGAACUCUGGCACUUGGCAACUCUAUGUACCAGAAAUGCCAAGUCAGCAGUUUCAUAUCUGUGUUAUUAAUAGAAUCUGUGAUCAUUGGACGCAUUUAAUAUUUUCUUGACAAGGCACAUCUUCCAGAGGCAAGAGUGUCCACUAGCCUUUAUCAAAGCCUAGUGAAACCUAGACUUUAGGCGAGUGAACACUCUUGUCUCGGGAAGAUGGACCAGGAAUUGGGGCCAAUUACGAGACUGAAUGGGUUACGAUUGAGUUAAUUUCAGUGCUCAAUUUGAGUUUUCCUCUAGCCUCAAUGUACACUAUUCAAAACAAGUAUAACCUGAUAUUUUUAUAUUGUUAUCGUUAAUCUAUCAUGCCAUGACUGAUGAACUAUAGCAAUUUGAAAGAAUCAGUUAAUGUUUAACUUUUUUUCUAGAGGUUUAGAAAACAAAGUACAUGUGCACUCAUGUUUAUGUGUGCUCUUUGUUCAGUUAGUAGUGAUGUUCAGAACGUGCAGGAACGGAUCACCACUGGUGCAGGAAUUUACUGCACCACCCCAGCCCACCCGAACUUCAGUGCAUGCCAUAUGAAAUAGAGGCACAGCUUAGAACGAACCAUGUUUAGCUUGAAACAAUCUUAUAUACAUGUAUGCAUUUUGUUUUUGUGUGUUAUGGGUUAUGAUUUUUUAAUUAUUUUUUUCAGUCACUGUUUUCAGUUCAAAUUCAGUUCAUGAGAGAUUUUAACACCUUUGUCUUCUUUUAACUACUCAGUGGUACAGUCUUGUUUCAGGGCACAAUUUACCUGUUUUAAUAUGUUGGCGUCUUGGCCUAGGUGCCAUUUAGUCAAUAGUUCAACAUGAUUUUGCGUGUGAUCCAAAGAAUCUUUUAAUUGAUGAACUUGUUGAAGAUGAUGACUAUGAUGGUCACUGGGUGGUAGGGUGUAUAGUAGUGGAUGAUGCAGCAUCAGUGUCUGGUUCAAGGACAUUUCCCAUCAACCUUCUUCUGGCUUGUUUACCUACGAUUGUUCCUGUACUUAGGGACCGGUCAUUUAUUACAGGGAGGGAUCAGAGGUUGUUGAUGCAUUAAUGUAAUGGAAGUACCCUCCCCUAAUGCUUGUCAUAUUUUUUGGUGACCCACCCCUAUAAUAAAUGACUGGUCCCUAAUUCACAGGAAAUUUCAUUUUGAAAUAAGCAUGUCAAAAUAACAAUGAGAGACGUUAGUUUUAUUUUAUAUUGCUAUGCCAAACCACAAAAAAUAAUUGUUAGACAAACUCUGAGGAAUGCAUGUGUUUUAGAUCUUUUUCACAAAGAAGUCUUAUUUUAGAUACUUGUGUGCAGACAACAAAUGUGAAUGUUAAACAAGAUAAAUGGAUGCUACUUGUUAACAUAAUCACUGAUGCAGGGUCCAGGAAUGUGGACCCGAUACAUCCUGUUGUAUAAAUGGAAGAGAAAUAUUGCUUAUAUCACAACUCCUAAACCUGUAUCACAAUGGGAUUUCCUCCGACAUUAAGCGGACAUGUGAUAACUGAACUACAGUUCAAAGCAAUAUUCACUCUCAUUGCAUCUACUGAUCACAUGACUGAUAGGCCAUGAAGAUGUAGCUCUUCCUCAGAUGUCAUCACUAUGAAAAACUGUGAAAUCUGAGUGAAGAUUCAAAGCUUUGUAUUUAAACAAACACCUUUAUUAUGCAAACAUUGUGUUCUGUUUUAAAAAGAUAAUAUCAUCCAGUUGUACUCGAAAGAGCAGAGUGGUCGUGCACAAGUGUGAUAUGUUUCUUGCAGCUGUGACUAGAAUGGUCCUGUACCAUCUACGGGUAGACACAGACGAGAUGAGGUCGGCAUUGAGAUGCCAGUGUCGAGAAGGAGUGGCAUGGUCAAAUAUUUUCCAGGGGUCAAGGGUUAUACCGAGACAGUAUGCACAGCAAGUCAUGGGGCCCCAUUCCAUGAAGUGAUCUCAGCACUGACCAUGGUACAAAACAAAAUAUUGUCAUCUUCCCUGGCACCCUCCGAAGCUUAUCUGUCCACACAUGGCAGCACAAGCCAAAAGCUGGAUGAGCAAAUAAGAAUACCAUUGUGGUUGAUGACCACUCAUGCAGAGAGGUAUCAAAUUGUAGACUGAUCUAAACUUAAUGAGAUUGACGUAGCUAUAAGCAAUGGAUGCUGUGAUUUUUAUUGGAACACUCAGUUGCUUCAUCUCAGAAUGCUUGUUGUAAAAGGCUACUAACGGAAUCAGGUGUCUGACUCGCUGACUUGGUUGAAGCAUGUCAUUGCAGCCUAUUUGCAUAGAUCAAUGCUCAUGAUGUCAAUCAAUGGAUUGUCUGGUCUAUACUGCCAUCAUAUAGCUGGAAUAUUGCCGAGUGCGGCGUUAAACAGCAAGCUUCAUCUGAGGUACCUCAUGAUUGGGAGAAUGGGCUUCAAGAAGCUGCUAACUACCUAUGUUGGUGUAGAUUCCCAGUGUUCAUAAUGAAUACAGACAAUCCCAGCUCUGUGCCAUGAUUGCUGCCCAGUAUUACCUCUACACAUCACUGCUACACCUCAGGGACCAUCUACUGAUGAUGAGGAGUUGGUUUUGAGAUAUUUUCAAAACAUUUAUGGUCCAUGAUGGAAAAAAAUAGAACUAGCAAAAUAUAUUCUUUAAAAUAUUCUUACAUGGUUGGUGGGAUGAAGUGACAAAUAAUAUUACAAGAAGGAAUGUACAUUCUUUAAUUAUUCAAUAGGAAUCCAAAGUUCUGAUGAAAAAUAUAACUUUGUUAUCUUAAUUUCACAUUGGUUAAACAUUUGUUGCUUCUGAACCACUUUUUAAAGUGUUACAUGUUCAUCAGGCGAUAGUAUUAAUACUGAAAUACUGUCCAUGUGACUUAAGUUUAAACUCACUCAUCAGGCGAAUUUUUAAAAAGAACUUUUUCAUUUUAUUCCAUAUUAGUUAAAUUGUGAGUCUUCAAACAAGUAAUAAACCAGGUCAGAGGUUGUGUGUGCUCUCACCGAAACAUGGGAGGAGUUAUUGUUAUAAACCAGCACUGCUGAUGGACCAUUCCUCUUGUAAAAUUCAGUUGCUCAAUACUAGCAGAUUGUAAGUCUCUUCUGUAUGUGUGUUCUGUUGUGUUCGUCAUGUUAUAGGAUUUUAUCAUCUGUAUCAUUGAUGGAAAUAACAUGUUUACUGUUUGAUAUGCACGUUUGAAUAUAAUUGUUUUAAAAAUA